AUGUCAACAGACAGCAAGCGUGUGAUGGAAACAGGUAGCUUCGGCAGUUCGGCGAGCUGCGGGCCCGUGCGCGUUGAGGCGCUGGCGAUGCGCGGCAGCGAGCGGCGCGGUGGCGGGCGCAGCGGCGGGCGCAGCGGCGGGCGCAGCGGCGGGCGCAGCGGCGGGCGCAGCGGCGGGGGGGCGCAGCGGCGGGCGCAGCGGCGGGCGGGGCGGGCGCGGCGGCCGGCGCGGCGCGCGAGUUGCGCACGGCGGGACCGCGACGUCGCCUUGUCCGCGUUGUGGUGCUCAGUGUACUGA